AUGACAAGUGGGAUGAUUCCUUUUCAAGUUCCCCAACUCAACAAGGAUAACUACGACAAUUGGAGCAUAAGAAUGAAAGCGUUGCUCGAGUCACAAGAUGCAUUGGAGAUCGUAGAGAAAGGCUACACAGAGCCAGAAGACGAGGUCGCUCUAUCCCAAGCACAAAGGGAUAGUUUGAAAGCUGCAAGAAAGAAGGAUAAGAAGUCACUCACCCUCAUCUAUCAAGCCUUAGAUGAAGGCAUGUUCGAGAAAUUAGCUUGUGCUACUAUAAGUAAGGAAGCAUGGGAUAUCUUGCAAAACUCCUACAAAGGAGUUGAGAAGGUGAAAAAGGUUCAAUUCCAAACACUUCGAGGUGAGUUUGAAGCUUUACAUAUGAAAGAAUUGGAAUCAAUUUCUGAUUAUUUCUCUAGAGUAUUAGCUAUUGUGAAUCAAUUAAAGAGGAACGGAGAAAAGUUGAAUGACACUCGAUUAAUUGAGAAGAUACUUAGGUCUUUAGAUUCUAAAUUUGACUACAUAGUUGUAGCCAUUGAGGAAUUUAAAGAUUUAGACAGUAUGAGUGUUGAUCAACUCAUGGGAUCUAUACAAGCCCAUGAUGAAAGACUAAAGAAAAGAGGUCGUGGAAGAGGAAAAGGUACUAGACAAAAUGAAGGGCCAAGGUAUGACAAAUCUCAAAUUAAAUGUUACAAUUGUCAAAAACUUGGUCAUUAUGCUUUAGAAUGUAGAAAUAUUAUUGACCAAGUUGAGGAGAAAGCCAACUAUGCUUGUCGGGAAAGUGAAGUGAAUCCUGCACUACUGUUUGCUUACAAAGCUGAAGAGAGCAGAGAAAAUAACACCUGGCAUUAG